UUGGAGCCCUGCAGAUGUACAGAGCUCCGCACUGAGCUGCAGAACCCUCCCAUCCCAUCAAUCUGGGAUCUGUGCCAAUUCCUUCUAUACACACAUACACGUCUCUGACACUCAGACACACAUCUAUUCCUCCCUCCCCUCACAGCCUUUCACUCCCUUUCUGUCUGCUCAUUUGCAAUGCAAGACUCACUUCCCACAGGGGCUCUCGAGCUGGGGAUGUGUGUCUGUGCUGCAGAUCUUUCAGCCUUCUGCCUGCUGCAGGGAGGAGGCUGUGUCUGAUGCUGCUCUCUGCCCUAUCUCUUUCUGCUCAGCUGAAGGUGGGCGCAGCCCGUUGCUCAGUGUCUGGAUGGAGUCCCAGCAAGGGCCUUCUUCACCAGAACAGGGCAAUGAACCAGAGGGCAAUGGUAACCCACAUCCUACUGCCCCCACAGAGGUGACUGUGGAAGGGCCUCAACAAGCACAGGGGGCAGAAGAAGAUUCUGGAGUCCUGCCUCCCACUUCUGGUCUCCUGCAGGUUACAGAGAGAAGGCAGCCUCUCAGCAGUGUGUCAUCUCUUGAAGUACAUUUUGACCUCCUGGACCUUACGGAACUAACAGAUAUGUCCGACCAGGAACUGGCUGAAGUUUUUGCAGAUUCUGAUGACGAAAACCCACAGAAUGAGCCCCCACCAGGUCUGCAACUGCCACCCCUUCCUCGAGCUGGCUAUCUCCGUUCUCCAUCUUGGACUCGGACAAGAGCAGAACGAGAAAAGAAACAUCUCAGUGACUCGGAGCUUCACGGAGGCAUACUAGACACUUUCCUUGCUGCAGAGAGAUCCAAAGAAAACUAAACAGCCUUUACCUUCUCAUAACCUGGUCCCCUGCUGCCCCAUUCUUAUCAAUGCUGGGGAUGGACAAUAGAAGAUUCCAAUAACUACAAAGCACUCACUACAAAGUUCCAGAGAGACACACUGCAGGAUGGUGCCACGCAUAGAUGGAUCUCCCUUUUAAAACAGAAGGAGCAGUCAUCAUUAAGAAACAUGGAGCCAGCAAUUCAGAGAAAAGAUGUAAAACAGUUAAAACGCUAAAAUAAGACCAGCACACAUGUAAGAACAGCAAAUGAUUCAUGACUGCACAAUGAUAUCAGCCUUAGCAGUAAGAAAUGCCUACCCAAGUUCCUAGUCUGAAUGUACACACAGAGACUGCAGUAUCUCAGUGAUGUUCCACAGCUAUUUCUAGUUAAAAACAGAUUGUAAACAAUCAUUAGGUUCUUUGAUAUGUAUGUGCUGGUAAGUCACCUGGUAUGCCUUUGCAGGUUUACUGUCAGUGGGCUACAAAAUGCACACCCUGUGGACUAGGGCAGGAUAUGGGUUGGUUGGUUGUCUCUUAUCAACAUAGAUUUUUAAAAAAUGUGUAUGAGGACAGACUGGCUGUGGCGGAUACAGAAUGUAUGGGAAUGACUCCUAACAUGACCACUUCCACAAGCACAGAAUGUUCCCACAGCCUUAAUUAUUCCCACACUUUCACUCCCAGACCUGUCGGCAGCAGCAAAAGACAUCAGAUUGCAGACCACUUCCAAAUGCACCUUGGCUGAUAAAUGUAGCCCAUGAGUGUAUUCCAUGGACCUCAUGUGGCUGUCAUUGCAUUUUAGCUUGAAUGACACUUUUGCACUUUAAAUCACAUUAUGUGGCUGCAUCCCAAAGCACAGGGAUUUCUCCAUGAUUGUCUUGUAAAAAUCUGCAUGGAGUGUAUUCAGGAUCACUGCCAUCAGAGCCUACAGCCUAUUGCACUAAUGGUGCAUUCCCCUGAUAAACCUGGUAAAGGCCUUUAGCACCAUAUACAUACAGUAACAACGGAAAUUAGCUUAGUGUUUGCCAAAAUCUUAAUGUGAACACUAUCAUUAAUGAUGGUAAUAAGCAAGGCCAGAUUCUUUGCUGCAUAGAUUACUCUUACAUCUAUCCUGAUCUGAAGUGUUCAUAGAGUACAGCAGGGUUACAGAACAAGUUAUGUUCCCAUUUUUAAAGUAGAACCAAAAAGCAAUUUAUAUUUGAUGCAGUAUAGAAUACUAUUUUAGUGAACAUAAUUUUUCAUGUCAGUCAAGACCCCACCAGGAUCCUUGUACUUCUGAGCUCCCAAGCAGCUAGGGGGGGUCUGCUGUCACUAUGGUUACAGCAAAUAGAUCACCUCAAAAAAUCUGUGAUGGGAUUUUUUAAGUCCAUGUCUGAAACACAUCAAGUUUAGUAUAUUCAGCAAUGAUAAUUCAAAAAACAGCAGCAGUUAUGAAGCUAGGAAAAGUAAUGUUCACUAUUUUGCAUCAGGUAUAAUUAAAAAAGUAAGAUCUAUUGAAUGUAAUUGUGUUAUUGAAUUUCUAAUUUUAAUUACAUUUUCCCCCUAUUUUCAAACUGCCAGAUUGUAUGACUGGAGAAUGGAUAUAAAUGAAAUGUAAGUGUUCUUUCCACUAAAACUGAAUUUAAACAGUUGCCAAAAAACGCCAGGACAGAAAUAUUUAACAAAUUAAAUUGCAAAACUGUAUCUUUUCAUCAAGCCGGCCUUGGUGACUGAUGCUAUUGCUUCUAAAUUUGGUACACUGAAAAUUUUUACUGAGUAUAGGAUGACUGCAAGCAUAUUUAAACAUAUGUAAAUUUAAGAAUAAGGGAAAAGAGAAGCAAAAAUGGAGUGUUGACUUUCUGGGAUCAAAACUUUAAUUUCAUCCUAUUACAGAACAUAAAUGCAAGGGUGAACCACAACUGGUUAAGAACUGAAGGGAAAGACUGCAUAGCAGUGUUAAAAAUAAGUCAAGAGGGGUCUUCAGUAAUGGCUGAGUAAUCAUUACACAGGCCCCUAUAAUAACAAAAGAGGGUGAUAGUUUGUGCUUUAUUUAAAAGCAGACACCACCCCCCACUCAUUGGCAGCUCCCAAUGGAACCUGUAGCAAAUUUAACAAACUGCCACCUUCACAGCUAAAUUUAGCUCUUCCUUCUGUUUCCUUGGAUUCAAAUAUGGCUUGUUUCAGUUCUCAGGGAACAUUAUUAGAGAGAGUGCCAAUUAAUCUGUAUGUGCUGACCCAAUAUCAUUAAGGAACAGGCAGAUCCCUUGUUCUCUACUGGCAUCAGUGACAUAGCGUAACUUCAGAAGCUAUUAAUGAUGGGUUGGUUAAUUAAUUAUAAAUUGCAGUUAAAAAAGAGUCAUACCCUAUUUUCUCCAACUGCUGCCAGAGAUGAAUAAAAUGACUGUGGUUCAGAUUCCGAAUUAGUUUAUUGAUCUAAUUUAUUUAGAUACAUAUUUUGCCAGAGCAAUGUAUAACUCAUUAGUAUCUUACUAACCACCAGUCCCUUUUCCUUCAGUGAUCGGUGCUGUGAUUGUAUAACAGAAAAGCAUUGCCAGCUGCAUAAAAAUUUAGGUCACAUUGGUAUAUCUUGGAAAUGAAUUUUUUUUAAUGAAAACUGGUAUCUUAACAUAAUGAAUAGCCUUACAUUUUGUUUUUCAGAAAAUAAAAGUAUUUUUGAAUGUAAACCCAUCAUUUAUAGCUGCCCCUAAUCACAGGAUUACUUUAAAUGGGACUGGUUAUUUCCUUUUUAUAUCAUAAUUGUAGAUCUUGUUCUGAAAGCCAACAUUGCAGUCAGACAAAGUCUUCAUUAGACUGUCAGAACCAGUAUAAAGAAGAGAGAGCCUUUGUUUGAUCAAUGGUUCCUGUGUAAGCUACAUUUUCAUUUAAUACAGAUUUAAGUUGUGUUUUAAUCUUCAGGCACCGCUGGUCACAUUUCAGAUUUCAAUGAAUUUCAGAGGGGACAGAGUUGAUCUGACUGCUUUAUCAUACAAAUACUCUGAUCUGCUUGGUCAAUACAACUAAAAUAGGAAUAAAAUAUUCAAACAAGUUCUUCUUUUGAUGGUCUAGAAAGUACACUCAUUUAGCCCUCUAAAGGGACAAAUUCUAGGGUUGAACAGAUAACUUAUCUAACCUUUCUGACUGUGAUUCUUCCAUGUCUCAGCUCGGCUUCUGUCACAUAUUAAACAUUUGGACCAUACAUAUUACUCACGAGGGUUAAAAUGGUGCAUUGUGUAUUUUUUUAUAGUGAAGUUGUGUAUAUUUACUACUUGGCUGGUUUACAGUGUGAAGGUGUCUGGCUUUUCCAUAUAGCUGCUGCCUUGAAGGGCAAGUAAAGCCCAGUCUAUAAUACAGUGCUGCUGUUAGCCUCCCCACAACUAGAAGCCUUAUUUUAUAAACCUCAGAACAUACCUUUAAGGUUGAAUUGGCAUGACCCUUUAUCUGGCUCCUUCUGCUGCUUCAGGCAAAGUAUAUGGGUACUGUGUUGACUCUGGUUGAGGGGUACCAGCGUUGUAACUCAGUAAUAGCUCUCCAUACACCAAGAGCUUAGUGAAUAAGGACUAACUUGAUGUAACCUAAAGGCAGGUUGUGCUUACACUGGGGAACUCUCACCUGAAGGGGUAAUGCAUCUUAAAAUGAACAGUUGCUAUGGUAAAGACAGCUGUUUAAAUAUCAGAAAUUAAGAUAGUUAAGCUGAAGAAGUAGAGGCCAUGAAUUAAUACAAUACAUUAAUACAAUUAAAAUUAAUACAAUUAAAAGACACACAACAAUCCUUUGCCAUACAAUAUUUAAAUAAGCAAUACUUUAUUGGAUUCUACUUGCUUUGUCAGGCUUGUGCUUUGUUAUUGAAGCAGCCCUUUAACACCAAGAUGAAAUGUUUAACAUUUAAGACCCUUUAAGUUAAGAUUUUGUGUUUUCAGUUGGUCUUUAUUUUUUAUGUUAUAGAUUUUGUAUUAUUUGCCAUCCUCUUCUUUCACUUUUCAGCUUUUGUAUGGUGAUCACUGACCCCAUUUGCCAAAAGACUGUUGCUAUAUGAAGCUUCAACUCUAUUGUUAAAGCUGUCCCUUGGGGUGGAAUGUAUAAAAAAGCUUCCACAUGGUAUCAAACAAAGGGUAAGAGCCCCCUAAACUGUUAUAAUUUAUUGUUUCUGUCAACCCCUUGCUUGUGCCUUAUUCAAUAGAGCAUGGCUGUUUACCAUACAUAGAGAAUCUAUGAGAUGGGUUUCUGUGUGUUUUCUCUGCAUUGCUGGCUGUUUGGCACCUGAUUCUUUACUGCAGCACUGUGGCGAUUAGAUUACUCUCUGAAGUGGCAGACAAUAGAACAUCCUUUGUGAAUGUUUAACAAAACAGGGUGUGACCAUGGGUAUAAAAAAUUGGGGUUGGUUGAAAUGCAAUGAAAUAUGAAGAAUACUGUUUCUCUUUACAGUAUAUAAUGUUAUUCUAUAUCUGGAGCAGACAUACUAUUAGUGCAGUGUGUGCAACUGUUUAUAAGUACUGAUAUUACUGCACAGCAAGCAUGUUUGGAUAUCUGAUUGUUAAAAUCAGGAAAUAAAUCAUUAAAUAGAAGAUAGAGCUCUGACAUUGAAAGAGAAGACACUGUAGUUGCCUAAUAAAGAGGCAGGUGUGUUAUUUAAUGUUGCCUAUAGCCCAGUGAUGUAGCAAGGUAAGAAAAGCAGCAUUGCUUAGUGUAAUUGUCAGGGCUCCUCAACUUCCUGCUAAGUUCAAUUAUCAGCCUCCACCAAACUAGUUCACCAACAGCAGGCAUACAACACAUUUAACAAGCCUAAUUCUAGGGAACAGACAAAUCACUGUGAGGGCAGUACGUUUACAAGGAUUCUGCCCCAGCACUAACUAGUACAUCUCAGCUUGUGGUAUUAAAGUGUAAAUCAUUAAAUAGCUGGGCCAGUGCAAUCUUGUGUGCCUACUGUGUAUUAUUGCCUAACAAAUGCCUAUGAGUAUCUACCUUUGUGCCAAAUAUGCCAUUAGUGAUACAACCACAUUCUAUUUUAAUUGUAUGAUCAUCCUGCAGGUUUCUGUCUGGGUACCAGCUGUGCCACUGAGGGUUCUAACAAGCCUACUGUGAUCCUGUACAGAGUAAUGUGUUUAGUUUUGUGUCUCCUGUAUGUGUUGUUCCAGAUUUAUCUGCCAGAUGUCUGUCUGUAUGCCUACUCUGUCAUUACAGUUCAAAGAAUAGUGUCA